AUGUCAGGAGGACCAGUACCAGUAUGGAAAAAAUAUACAACAAGACCACAAGGUAUAUGGGAAAAAUUGAGACAAUUAUUAGUGUUAGUCCCAAAUAGAUCAUCAGGUAAUCCAUUAGUUGCAUUAUUUAGACAAACACCACCAGGUGAAAGAAUUAAAGAAGCCAAAAAUUAUAAAGAUCCAGUAACAAUACCAGCUGGGGAUAUAAAGGGAAAUCCAUAUUAUAAUCGAGAUUAUAGAAGAAAUUAUCCACAAUUACAUGGUUUUAAUCAAACUAAAGUUUCAGGACUAUUAAAAUUAGGUUCAGAAUCAAAACCAAGAAUUUCAAUUGGUAAAAAAGGAGAAGAAGAAUUAAUACCUUUUGAAAAUCCAAAUAAAGAAAUAAGUUUAAGCACAACAUUAACAAAUUUACCUGAAAAUAUUAUAAGGGGAGAAAUUUUGGGAAAAGAAGGUGAACCAAUUGUAGCACCAAGUUUAAAUAAAUUUAAAUGGGAAAUUUUGUCUGAAAAUGUAUCAGGAAUGUAUACUGAUAAAUACCCAUGUCGUAUGUUCACUGAUACAAAAGUUACUGCUUCAAAUGCAUCUGUAUAA